AAGCCAUAUGUCUGUCCUGAGUGUGGAAAAUACUUUUCAGUGAAGCUUAGUCUUCAGACACAUAAGAGAUUUUACACGGAGGAGAAGUUGCAUACCUGUCCAGAGUGCGGAAAUGUUUUCUCAGAUAAGUCUAGACUUUACAUAUAUCAGAGAUCUUACACAGGUGAAAAGCCAUAUGUUUAUCCUGAGUGCGGGAAAUACUUUUCAGUGAAGCCCAGUCUUCACACACAUCAGAGAUCUUACACGGAGGAGAAGUUGUAUACCUGUUCGGAGUGCGGGAAAUGUUGUUCAGAGGAGCCCUUUUCUUCAUAUAUGACAGAGAUCUCAUACGGGGGAAAAGCCGUAUUAGGGACAAGAGGGUGA